AUGACAUUUUUAAGCAUCCAAAGCAUUGUGUGGGCAUAUUCUAUGAUAACAUUCGGGACUGUGACGCUAAAUUACGUCUUUAGCUUCUACUAUGUGAAGCUUUUUUUACAACUAUACAAGAUUUCAGAUGUGGCCUUUUACCAAGCGCAGGUGAUUUCAAUGAUCUGCAAUGCCAUUAGUGAUCUGACUGGGUAUUUUCACAACAACUCCAAGACCGACUGCUGCGACAAUCGUCAUAGCUCUCUCUGGUUCGGUGGCCCAUUAUACAUCAUUGCCUCCCUGCUUCCUUGGUUCCCUUGGAAAGACUAUCAGGAAGGGGACUGGCUCAGUGGCCUUCACUUGGUGGCUUCAUUAUGUGCUUUCAACAGCAUGUUGACCUUUGUCCAGCAAGCCCAGUGUGUGCUCUUCGCAGAGAUCUUCUCCAGAGGCGAAAGUCGGCAGCAGUUUAUCAAGAGCAACCAAGUGGCGUUCCUGGGAGGCUCAACCAGCAUCUUGUUCUGCGGCCUCACCUCGGCUAACGCAGAACUGCUGCACAAUUUCCAGUCCGCUGUCAUCUUCGUCGCUCUUCUUGCCGCCGCCAGCCUCUGCCUGGGCACGUACCACAUAAGUCGCUUUGCACCUCCAGGAGGCCCCAAGGAAAACCAGAAGCUUUUCCCUGAAAGUGGACAGGAUCUCCCCUGGACCUCGGCCAUCUCAAUGAUGGGACAAGUCCUCACCCAGAAAAACUUUUGCCUUUUUCUCAUAAUGAAUUUCUUCCAGGUCUUCCACUUGACCUUCCUCAAUAACUUUCUGAUGAUCUUUGUGGAGAGCCUCAUUCCCAAGGAAGUUCUCUCUGCCUCCGUCAGGAGCAUCGUGUACGGGGCAGGGUUUAUCUGCCCACAGUGUCUUACACUCAUUAGUCAAUCCUGGCUGAAGAAAUAUGGCUAUUACAAAAUCAUCUUAAUUUCUUUCUACCUAGAAGGCACAGCCUCCAUUGUCAUGUUAUUGCUUGGACAGCAAUACUAUUACUUUUUGACUCUCUAUCUCAUGAUUAUCAUGGUGACUGUGCAGGCUGCUUCUUGCUUGUUCUACCUGCCACUCGCUGACAUGGUUGAUGCGGACAUGCUGAAGUUUAGUCGGCAGUCACCCCUUUCUUCAGUGGUCUUUGGCCUAAACGCUUUGUUUACCAAACCUGCUCAGGCCUUGGUACCUAUGCUGAUACUCUUUGGGCUGAACCAGUAUGGAUAUGGGAGCCCCAACAAAAGAGUUCUCCGUCUUCAUGAUGCUAUGUUUAAUUUGAUUUGCCUGGUUCCGCUGGGCAUUGCAGGAAUACAGAUUCUGGUCUGGAGCCCAUUCUCAAUGAGGAACAAGACGGAUUACACAGGAGCUCUUCUAAGGAUAACAGGAGACGGCCACCAAGGGAUUCCAACAAAGCUCCAGGGCUGCACGGGCGGGCCGGGCGCGAUGGCUCGAGCCCGGGCGGCGGCGGCGGCGGCGGGCGGCGGCGGCGCCGCCUCGUGCUCGGCCCGGCGCCGGCGGUGA